AUGGGGCCCAACAGAAUCGAUGUCCAUCACCACUUUGUCCCAGACUUCUACCGUCAAGGUAAUAUUGCGUUUCCCAGGAACUUUAUGUCUGGCCCACUAACAAUUCAUACUUUAAUAGCUGUAGAGGCUUCCGGCGGAGAUCCAUCUGGGUGGUUUAUUCCCGAAUGGACAAAGGAGUUGGAUCAAAAAGUCAACGACAAAUUUGGUAUCACUACUGCCAUUCUUUCUCUUACGGCUCCAGGAGCUUGUAUAUUGCAAGAUCCCCAGGCCGCUGCCAACUUGGCCCGGCAAGCCAAUGAGUUCUGUGCCAAAUUGCGAGAUGAGAGGCCUGAUCGCUAUGGCUUCUUCGCUGCGCUGCCAAAUCUCUUGGACGAGGAGCUCGCGCUCAACGAGAUUGCCUAUGCCUAUGACGUUCUCAAGGCGGAUGGUGUGGUCCUGUUCACACGCUAUGGAAAGAGCAACCACUACCUUGGCCAUCCGGACUUCAAGGGCAUUUGGGCAGAGCUGAAUCGCCGCUCUGCCGUAAUUCUCGUUCAUCCUACUCACCCGGUUGAUACCUCCCAAGUCAGCGGCCUACCACAGCCGGUCAUUAGGUAUCCAUUCGAGACGACCCAGACCGCCAUCGACAUGCUACACAACAAGACAGUCCGUAACAACCCGAAUUGCAAGAUCAUCUUAUCACACGCUGGCGGUACCCUGCCAUAUCUUAUUGGCCGCCCGACAAGUGUGAUAAACAAAACUAAGGAAGACGCCGAUGCAUUCUGGGAGGAUGCUCGCAGCUUCUAUUACGACACUGCCGUCUCUGGGACAGAAAACGUACUGUGUAUUCUGGAGAAGUUUGCCAAACCUGGUCAUAUACUCUAUGGCAGCGAUACUCCGUACGCAAAUAAUGAUAUAAUCGGCUUCCAUACAUCCCGGCAGGAUGCGUACCCAUUUCAAGAUUCAGCCCUGGCCGCUCAGGUAAAUCGUGAGAAUGCUCUAGCAUUGUUCCCAAGGCUGAACGGUCAACUCUUGAACUAG